AUGGGUGAUGAAGAAGUGAAGCAGUGUAAGAAUUGUAAAAAGGAUAUUGCUGCCCCAAAUUUCGUUGUUCAUAGUGCUUACUGUUUUCGAACUGUUCAAUUAUGUCGACGCUGUGAUGAACCUUAUAAGCGAGAUUGCUUGGAACAGCAUAAUGAGGACUUUCAUGCAACAAUUAAUUGUUCCUAUUGUGAUGCAAAUAUUGAAAAGUGGACAUUAGAGAAACACAUGACUGCAUGUUUCAGAAGACCAAUUUCAUGUAGAUUUUGUGACAUUACAAAGCCGUUUGAUGAGCUUUCAGAGCACAUCACAUUUUGUGGUUCGAGAACAGAUAAGUGUUGCACUUGUAAGCAGUUUGUUUUGCUAAGAGAUCUCGAAAAACAUCAAGAAAUCUGUCAAAGCCGACAAGAGGGUUUUGAAAGAUACAAUGUUACCAAGUACAAAGACAUUGUUAAAGAAACAUCACAUUCUACCAUCACUGAUACUAGAAGUGAAAGUGAAGUUGGAGCCACAUCUAAAAAAAAGGAAAAGAAUUUUGAAAAAAAUGCCUUUUUGAGAUACAAAGGAACAAAUAAUGAUGCAUCAUAUUCUUUCCUGUCGGACAAAAGAAUUGGUGAAUUUGGAGCUACAUCUAAAACUGUGUAUAGAAGGUCUGCUUCUUGUCAGUAUUGUAACACUGAAAUGCCCUUGGAUGAGCUUUCAGAACACAAAGAACUUUGUGGUGCCAGGACUGAGAAGUGCUCGAUAUGUAAACAGUUUGUCAUACUAAGAGAAUUUGAAAAGCAUAAAGUAGUGUGCCUAAAACUAAUGUUCAUUUCUGGUUGGUUUCUGGAACAUCACCAGGAGUAG